UCACCACUUGCCACCCGCACGCUCCUUCUCACUUCUCCCCCUGUGGGCUUAAAAGUUAAAACGACGGCAAAGAUGUACUGAAAUGCCACCUCUCACCGUCAGCUGUGGCCGGGAGACCAAACAAACCUCCGCCGUUCUCUUCUCUCUGAUAAUCUCUAUCUUCUGACGCAUCGCUUCUGCCUUCGCAAUCCGAUCAAAUAAUGGCAUCACCAGCUUCGUUGCCGCAGGAAGUGAAGCCAUCUGUAUCUGUUUCACCUGCUGGUGGUGCUUCAACACAAACUGCUGCUUCACCUGCUUCAAGUGUAGGCCCAACCACGUCUAAUAGCCAAUGUGGUUCUGUGAAUGAUUCAGUACAAGAACCUCUGCAGAAUAAAUUUGGCAAUGCACCCAGCUUUGCUGUUCCAGCACCUUCGUUCUCUUACAGUGUGCCUCCUAAUGCAAACAUUAGUUUUGGGACGCCUCAGCAGUCAUCACCUAGUUCUGCAAUUAAAUCAAAUCCGCCAGCAUCUCCAAUGGUUCAGGCCCCAGUCCAUGGCUUGUCGUCUUCUGCCAGUCCUUUUUCAUACAACAUUCCAAAAUCUGGUUAUUCUUUCCCUAAUAGCCAGCAGUCUCAGUCUGGCACGAAUAUCACACCUGCUACUGCACAAGAAACUGGUAAUGCCUCAUUGUCCUCAACUAGUUUGCAUUCUGGUUCCUUGCCUGCUCCCACUUCAAGUUCCACAGUGAAUAUAUCAUCAGCUCCUAAUGCGGGACCAAAAGCUUCAUGGGUUCUCACUGCCCCAUCUUUCAACAUGACUCCCGGAAUGCCUGGAACUCCCAGGACACCUGGCCUCCCUGGAAUAGCUCACUCAGUGCAAAUAUCUUUUAAUCCGACUGCACCGUCUGCACCUAUUGAUUCUUCUUCUGUAGCCCUUAGACCUAACAUGCAAGCAGUACCUGUUGCGUCAUCAGCAGUUCAACCACAUGUAGGUUCUCCUUACCCAUCUUUAUCUGCUAUGGGUGCUCCCUGGCUUCCAUCCCCACAGAUAGGAGGCUUACCUAGGCCACCAUUUUUGCCAUAUCCUGCUGCCUUUCCUGGUCCCUUUCCUUUGCCUGCACAUGUUAUGCCUCUCUCUUCUGUUCCUUUACCUGAUUCUCAGCCUCCUGGUGUCACUCCUGUGGGAAAUACUGUAGCAAAUUCUUUGUCUUCCGUUGGUUCUGGUCAUCAAUUGGCAGGGUCUUCAGGGAUGCAGAAAGAAUUACCUCAUCCUGGCGUUGGUACCGAUAGUAGAGCUGUUGUCAAUGAACAAUUGGAUGCCUGGACUGCCCACAAGACAGAGACAGGUGUUGUAUACUAUUAUAAUGCUUUGACCGGUGAAUCAACUUAUGAUAAGCCUCCUGGAUUUAGGGAGGAGCCUGGUAAGGUUACUAUGCAGCCAACUCCAGUUUCAACGGUGAAUUUGACUGGAACUGAUUGGGUAUUGGUCACAACCAGUGAUGGAAAAAAGUUUUACCAUAACAGCAAAACCAAGGUAAGUAGCUGGCAGAUCCCAAAUGAAGUGAUUGAAUUGAGAUAUAAGCAGGAUAGUGAUGUGCCAAAAGUACAUACAAUAUCAGUGCCAAAUAAUAAUUUAAUGAUUGAAAAGGGAUCUGCUCCAGUUAGUUUGAGUGCUACAGCCAUUAACACGGGUGGUCGGGAAGCCAUGCCUUUUAAACCCUCAGCUGUGCAGGGAACAUCUUCUGCACUUGAUCUGAUUAAAAGGAAGUUGCAGGAUCCUGUUACAUCUUCACCAAUUUCAGCACCAUCAGAAUCAAAUGGUGCAAGAGGAGUUGAGAGUACACCUAAGGGCCAGCAAAGCGAGAAUAGCAAAGAUAAGCUGAAAGACACUAAUGGAGAUGGAAACUUGUCUGAUUCCUCAUCAGAUUCAGAGGAUGCAGACAGUGGGCCAACAAAGGAGGAGUGUAUUGUUCAAUUCAAGGAGAUGCUUAAAGAACGGGGAGUGGCACCAUUCUCGAAGUGGGAGAAGGAACUGCCAAAGAUAGUGUUUGAUCCACGCUUUAAGGCCAUCCCAAGUCAUGAAGCUCGCAGGUCCUUGUUUGAGCACUAUGUUAAAACACGUGCAGAGGAGGAGAGAAAGGAAAAAAGAGCAGCUCAGAAGGCUGCAAUAGAGGGAUUUAAGCAGUUAUUGGAUGAAGCAUUGGAGGAUAUUGACCAUAACACUGAUUACCAAGGUUUCAGAAAGAAAUGGGGCAAUGAUCCACGCUUUGAGGCUUUAGAUCGCAAAGAUCGGGAGCAUUUAUUGAAUGAAAGGGUCCUUCCAUUGAAGAGGGCUACUGAAGAAAAGGCUCAAGCAGAGCGUGCUGCUGCUGCAGCUGGUUUUAAGUCCAUGCUUAAAGAGAAAGGAGAUAUUACUGUUAGUUCUCGUUGGUCCAGGCUGAAAGAUAGUCUGCGGAAUGAUCCGAGGUACAAAAAUGUUAGGCAUGAGGAUAGGGAAGUUUUAUUCAAUGAGCAUAUAUCGGGACUAAAAGCUGUGGAAGAGGAAGCAGAACGAGAGGCAAAAGCUAAACGUGACGAGCAGGAAAAACUGAGGGAAAGGGAACGAGAACUGCGGAAGCGGAAGGAAAGAGAAGAGCAAGAAACAGAGAGGGUGCGACUGAAAGUUCGCAGGAAGGAGGCAGUUGCUACUUUUCAAGCUCUACUUGUGGAAACAAUUAAAGAUCCUCAGGCAUCUUGGACAGGCUCUAAGCCUAAACUGGAGAAGGAUCCGCAAAGGCGUGCAGCCAACCCUGAUUUAGAUCCAUCUGACAUGGAAAAGCUUUUCUGGGAACAUGUAAAGAUGCUAAACGAGCGAUGUGCACAUGAGUUCAGAACUCUGUUGGCCGAAGUCUUGACUGCAGAAGCAGCGUCCCAAGAGACAGAAGAUGGAAGAACAGUUCUUAAUUCGUGGUCAACAGCUAAACGCAUUCUAAAGACGGAUCCCAGAUACGACAAGAUGACAAGAAAAGAGAGGGAAGUUUUGUGGAGACGAUAUUCUGAGGAGAUGCUGCGGAAGCAAAAGUCAGCAGUUGGUCGUAAGGAAGAUAGGAAAACAGAUGCUAAAAGUAGAAGUUCUAUUGAUGCUGGGAGGAAUCCCUACGGAUCUAGGGGUACUCACGAUCGGCGAUGAUUUUUUUGGUUAAAGCUUAAAGAGACUGGAACUUCAAGUUAAUUUCCCUGGUCCUCGUAAUUUUGACUCGAGUAGGACGGAUGACGGGUCGAGCACAAAAACUACACUUCUGUAUUAUACGAAUUAUAUCGAGUGAUUAAGCUGAUGUUGCUUAAGUUUUUUAGUCGAAUAGUUGCUGUUGCCCAUAAAUUUAUGUCCAAUUUGCCUUCUCAGUUCUCACUAAA